AUGUGAGUGGUAGAAGAUUCGUCUAUGAAACUAGAGCAAGAAAGACACGAAAACCCUAACUCCCCCCUCCGUGAGUGAACAAAAGAAUUUUGUUCGCGAGGGGUUUUAAUUUUUUUUAAAACAAUUUAUAUAUAAAUUUUAUAGAAAAUUUUUUUUUUCGAAAUUUUUUAAAAAAAUCCUAAUUUGCAAAAUUGGAGAGCAAAUGCUAAUUUAAUUUAUAAAAUUUAUGUUUCAAAACGCAAUUUGAUUAAAAUUAAAACAGAAUUAGCUCGAGAUUUCGUUAUACUAAUUAUCACUUAUAUAUCAAUUUGUUUUCCUAUAAAAAAUUUUUGUGUGGGUUUUUCGCAAAAAUAGGGAUUUUUCCAAUGGUUUUGUUCGCUCACGAAGGGUGGGAGUAAGGAGUCGCUCAUUGUUUGAAAGGUAAAAGGCAUGUCUGAAUACUUUUCAAUGCUAUCUAUUAUGGAAGUCUCUAUCAAAGAAGGGAAUAAAUACAUAAAAUGGCCUGGUGAUAAGCGGCCUGUCCUAAGCUUUGCGGAGUUUCUCUUAUGUAUAUCUGGGGGGCAAUCUACUUGAGUUAAGCAAUGGUUGUGUUAUGCUAGCGCUUGAGUUGGAAAUGGAGUUUCCCACAAAGUCCAUAUGGCUCGAUCUAUGAAGAAAAAUAACUUUACUGAGAAACCGGGGGUUUUCACCAGGGCUCAAGUUGCUUUAAGGAUGCCUACCUCACAGCUAGCAUGAUACUCAGGAAGUGGGGACCAUAAAUACAAAUCUUUAAUCUAAUCUAAUCAAAGAAUGGUCUUCUUUCUCAGAAAUAUAUAACAAAUUGAUAAUGCACUUUGGUUCAGGCCUAUAUGAUAUAGUAGCAACUUCCGAGUUUGCUCCAAAAUUCAUUUUAUUUUGAGAUAUAAAUUCUUUUGCAGCUUUUAACGAUGAUAAUAUUUUUUCUGUUUUUAUCUUGGAAUUCAAAUGAACUCACCUGAAUAAGUCUUUUAUCAUACUUUCUAUAUCACAUUUGUUUUUUUUAUUUAUUUUAUUUGUUAUAAUACUCCAGCAAAUAUAUGUGCUUAUAUAUGAUAUUUUAUAG